AUGACGGCAAACGGGUUCUCGGAGCAGCAAAAUUGGCCGCUUCCACCAUCCUCGUGGAUCGACAAGGUGCUUCUCCUCGGCACAGGCACAAGCGGCCAAGUCCCAGCGAUCCACUGUGUCACCAAACCCGACUUUGGCAACUGUGCUGCUUGCAAGGACGCCACGCUCAAUCCCACCGGCAAGAAUCGCAGAGGAUGCACGGCCGCUGCUGUCGUAGGACGUGGCGCUGGCGAUCAGAACAACAGCACCAUCUUGAUAGACUGUGGCAAGACCUUCUACUCGAACGCCGUCGUUCAUUUCCCCCGCAAUGGCAUUCGAGAGAUUCGAGCUGUCUUGCUCACCCAUGCCCACGCAGAUGCCAUCCUCGGCUUGGACGAUCUCAGAGCAUGGACCAUGGGCGGCGUGAUCCAGCGUCAAGUCGACAUCUACCUCACGCAAGAGUGCAUGGCCGUUGUCGAGGGCAUGUUCCCCUACCUUGUUGAUCGGUCCAAAUCCACAGGCGGCGGCGACGUUCCCACUCUUCGUUGGAACAUCAUCGAUCAGGACAAGCCUUUUGUCAUCCCAGCCUCGCAAGGUCGUAGCGAGGUCCAAGUACACCCUUUGCCGGUUCUGCACGGCUAUGUGGGACGAGGUUCGCCCUUUUGGUGCCUCGGAUUCCGCAUCGACUCAUUUAGCUACAUCAGCGAUUGUCACGAGAUUCCAACCAAGACCCUGGAGCUGAUGCGUGGCAGUCAGGCCAUCGUCAUGGACGCUCUCAAGAUGGACCGGCACCUCUCACACUUUUCAUUUUCGCAAGCACUUUCCUUCUUUGCGUCAUUUCAACCACCCCCGGCGCUCGGCCUUCUUACCGACUUUACGCAUCGCAUAGAGCAUUACGCCACGCAAGAGCUCGUAGAUAGAUGGAGGGAUGGCAUGCUGGCCGCACAACUUGCAGGAAAGACACGCACAACGAAGUCAAUAGGCGAAGGCGGAGGGUCGCGUUGGUGGGCAGACAUCUGGGACGAGCAAGACAACGAGCACAACAUGACAAUACAGCUCAAGCAACGCUACAGUCCUGUAGACCACACCUCUGCACGAUCGGUUACGCACUACAUUCCGCCGAUCAAGCUCUGUUGGGACGGUCUGGUAGUAUCAUUUGCGCCUAGUCGCUGA